CGGUGAAUCUUUCAAGUAGUUUUCUGGAAAUUUGCGUAGAGAUUCGGAGAUUUAAAGUAAGAUUCGUUGAGAUUCCUUUACCUUGCUUAUGUGUCCGGCGAUUUUUGGGGGACAAGAUGUUGAAACUCUUGGAUGUGGGCGGACGGCGUUGCGGCGGAGCAGCUAGGAGAUGGCUUCUGCCCGCGGGCACAGUGCGUCAGCUGUCGGAUGCAUCGGCGGCGGCAGCGGCAGAUGAGCCCCUGCUGAGGAAGCGCAAAUUCAAGCCACAACAGGCACCAGAUCUCAGCGAGGAGCUGGCUGGCCAACUGCCAUCAAAGGCCCGCGUUGUGAUCUGUGGCGGCGGCAUCACCGGCGCCUCGGUGGCCUAUCACCUGGGCCUGAGCGGCUGGGGCGGCGAGACGCUGGUCGUGGAGCAGGAUCGUGUGGGCGGCGAGUUGCCAUGGACAGCCUGCGGGCUGGCCGGUCGCUUCGAGCCCAGUUACACGGAACUGAAGCUGGCCGAGUACUCCAUCGAUCUGAUCAAGCGGCUGGCAGAGCAGGGACUGCCCACCGGCUGGCGUCAGGUGGGCAGCCUGAACUUGGCACGCAGCUGGGACCGAAUGACGGCCUUCAAUCGGAUGAAGUCACAGGCGGUGGCCUGGGGCAUGCACUGCGAGAUUCUCUCGCCAGAGCAGUGUCGCGACCACUGUGACCUGCUCUCCCUGGACGGCAUCGAGGGUGGCCUCUGGAUACCCGAGGAUGGAGUGUGUGACCCAAUGCUGGUGUGCCAGGCCUAUCUCACAGAGGCCCAGCGCCUGGGCGUCCGUGUGGUGGAGCAUUGUGCCAUCAAGAAGAUUCACAGCGAGCAUGGAAAGGUACGCGGUGUGGAGACAACGGCCGGCGACGUGGAGUGCGACUACUUUGUCAAUUGCACAGGCUUCUGGGCCCGCGAGGUGGGCACUCUGUCCAAGCCGGUGGUAAAGGUGCCUUUGAAAGCGGUGGAGCAUCAUUAUCUGCACACGCGACCCAUCGAGGGACUAAGUCCAGACACACCGUUCGUCAGGGAUUUCGACGGACGCAUCUUCUUCCGCGAGUGCGAGGGUCAUAUUCUCGCCGGUGGCUUCGAGCGUGAGGCCAAGAUGGUUUAUGAGGAUGGUGUAAUACCGCUAUCGCAAACGGCCAGGCAACAUCCACCUGAUUGGGACCACUUCCAUGAGCUCCUCGAUGCCCUGCUGCUCCGGGUACCCGCCUUCCGUGAAGCUACGCUCGAUCGGCUGACCAACUCGCUGCAGGUCUUCUCGCCUGACUGCAAAUGGAUUUUGGGCGAGGCGCCAGAGAUACAGAAUUACUAUGUGGCUGCUGGCAACAAGACAAUGGGAGUCUCCGCCUCGGGAGGCAUUGGACGCGUACUCACCGAUCUGAUUACGAAGGGUUCUACCUAUCUGGAUCUGCACAUUUUGGACAUUAGUCGGUUCCUGGGGCUGCAUAACAAUCGCAAGUUCCUGCGAGAUCGCUGCAAGGAGGCACCUGGCAAGCACUUUGAGAUCAACUAUCCGUUUGAGGAGUUCCAAACCGGACGGAAUCUGCGCAUGUCACCCAUCUAUCCCCAGCUGAAGGAGGCGGGCGCUGUCUUUGGCCAGUCGAUGGGGUACGAGCGACCCAACUACUUUGAUCAGCAGGAUAAACAAGAUGAGUUUGGUUUGCCCCGCUUCCGUAUUGCCCAGACUCGCACCUUUGGCAAGCCGCCGUGGUUCGAUCAUGUGGCCUCCGAGUAUCGAGCCUGUCGCGAGCGUAUUGGCAUCGCUGACUAUAGCUCCUUCACCAAGUAUGACUUCUGGUCGAAGGGCAAUGAGGUAGUGGAUCUUCUACAGUAUCUGUGCUCCAACGAUGUGGAUGUGGCUGUGGGUUCCAUCAUACACACGGGCAUGCAGAAUCCCAAUGGUGGCUACGAGAACGAUUGCUCCCUGGCCCGGCUCUCAGAACGACAUUACAUGAUGAUUGCUCCCACCAUUCAGCAGACACGCUCCAUGUGCUGGAUACGCAAGCACAUGCCCGAUCAUCUCAAGGCCAAAGUGAACGUGGCGGAUGUCACCUCAAUGUAUACAGCCAUCUGCAUUCUGGGACCCUAUUCGCGCAUCCUGCUGUCCGAGCUCACCGACACGGAUCUCACGCCCAAGAGCUUCCCCUUCUUCACGUACAAGGAACUGGAUGUGGGUUUGGCGGAUGGCAUUCGAGUGCUAAACAUCACCCACACUGGCGAAUUGGGCUAUGUCCUUUAUAUACCCAACGAAUAUGCUCUGCAUGUGUACUCCAGGCUCUAUCAGGCGGGCCAGAAGUUUAAUAUACAGCAUGCAGGCUACUAUGCCACACGAGCCCUGCGCAUUGAAAAGUUCUAUGCAUUUUGGGGCCAAGAUUUGGAUACCUUUACCACACCCCUGGAAUGCGGUCGCAGUUGGCGCGUCAAGUUCAAUAAACCCAUCGACUUUAUUGGGCGCAGUGCUUUGCUUAAGCAACGCGAGGAGGGUGUGAAGCGUAUGUAUGUGCAGCUGCUGCUCAACGAUCACGAUCACGAAGUGGAUAUGUGGUGCUGGGGCGGUGAGCCCAUUUACCGCGACGGCGUCUAUGUGGGCAUGACCACGACCACCGGCUAUGGUUACACGUUCGAGAAGCAGGUCUGCCUCGGAUUUGUGCGCAACUUUGAUGAGGCAGGCGGCGAACUGCCGGUGACCAAUGAAUAUGUCCUCUCUGGUCACUAUGAGGUGGAGGUGGCCGGUGUAAGAUUUGAGGCCAAGGUUAAUCUGCAUUCACCGAAUCUGCCCACCAAGUUUCCAGAUCGGGAGCGCGAGGCUUAUCAUGCCACACGUGACAAGCCGGAUCAGGCGGAUCUCCUCUCGUUUGGCGGUGCUGGAGUUGUUACCGGCACCGGCACGCCAACGGAACGCUGUGAGGAGGAGGAUCAUCUUCCGACUGUGCUCAGCUCUCGUUCGUUUCUAGUUCAACUUGAGUCUCAAAAAAAGGAAAGCGAUAUUAUUCGAUUUAGUAGGCAGGCAUAAGGAAAGGAAUCGAGCGAAAAGUUUAGAUAGACAAAAUGGUAGCAACCAUACAAAAAACCAUACAAAAAAAGAAGGGAAGGGAGAAGAAUAUUAUAUAUUAUACAAAACAAAACAAGGCAGUAUCAAAGCAUUUCUUUGAAUCAGAUUGUCAAUUUUUACAAAGGGACUUGUGAUUUACUAUAACAAAAUACAAUAAUGAUAAACGCUUUGAUACUGUUCUUUUUCGCAUAUAUAUAUGCAUAUAUUGUAACAUUUUCUGACUGUGUAAUGAGUGAGAGAUGAUAACCAAAAUGUUUGCUUGCUCAGUCACUUGACUUUGAUAUGAUAAGGAGCAGGUCUUUCUUGUUUUUUUUUUUCUAUAUUAUUAUUAUUUUUUUUUUUGUCGUGGCACAUUGUUGAGAAACGGCACAAGAUUUAUACCGAAAAAAAUAUAUUUAUAUUGUUUAAAGGGG